ACCUAGCCACACCAAGGGGAAGUCGGUAAAUCGGAUACAGAAUCGCUCUUAUUAGCAUUCAACUUUAACAGAAAAAACUCACUUCCAUCUCAAAACGAUUACUACUUGAUAUUCCUAGACAUUUGAUAGGCAAUAUACAGAUCGUCGUUCAUAUUGUAUAUAUACUGAUUACUUUAUAUCACGCAAAUACGACGARCAGCAAUGGUUUUGCUUCCAUCCCACGAGACUCUACCACAUCCUGGUACGACUCGACAUGUGGUGUCAAGUGUUAAUCGUUUUGGCAGUUGCCAUGCCAUCAGCUCAAGCAAACAACUCCUUCUUCAAAAAUUUCGGAGUUUUUGAUAUAGAGCCCGGCCACGCUUUGGACGGUCACGUGAUCAAGUCUCUACCACUGUUUAAAGCAGAUUGCAUGGAGACAUGCAAAGAAACAUUGAGUUGUUUUUCCAUCAACACGUACAAAGAUCAACACGGUAAUAACCUGUGUGACUUAAAUCGUUCAACCAAAAAGCAAAGUCCAAAAUCGUAUUCCAAAAGAGUAGGAUAUGACUACUCCGAGCCAUUGAAGGGUGAAUUUUGUUUGAAGGAUGACUGUCCUACAAAAGAAGCGUUACCAGACAACUGGUACAAGUUCAACUCGUCCUCGUACAAGUACUUUAUCAAUACAACAAACUGGGAUGGUGCACGAAAACAUUGCCAGGAACUCGGCGGUGAUUUAGCUUCAUUUUCCAGCGAGACUGAGAACGAGUUUGUCUUUAAAACCAUGUUGCAUGAUCUCAACAUAACAAAUGAGAGCAAUACCAGCGGAUUGUAUCCUCAUUUGAAAUUUAAUGGAACAGAUGCUGGUUUAAGUCUUAUAGGAGCAGCCCAAUUUGAAACUAAAGACAGUAAGCCUGCAGUAUCCUUCAAUGGAACAAGCUAUGCCGAAAUACCUCGUUUUGACUUACAUAGCACCGACUUCACGAUUGCUGUCCAUGUUUUUCCGAGAACAGCGUCUUCAGCCGAACAAAUACUGUUGGAAGGCUUCACAGGAUCGUCUUCUAUCUUUGAAAUUGGCAUUGAUAGUAUGAAUUCAUCUGGCAUCAGCAUUGCAACUACAAACAGUGUUAUAAAAGUAUAUUACAAAGGAAUACCAAAUCAAAAAUGGACCCACAUUGCAUUCACAUGGAAUUAUAAAACUGGAGUAGUUGUACCCCAUAUCAACGGUCAACGUUCCUCAUCUACUGCUUCAACAUCACCAUCUCCAAAAUCAUUUCGAGCAAUGGAUCCUUUCUACCAAAUAGGUAAGGGAUUAGAUGGUUGGAUGAGCAACAUGGUUGUAGUCCCUCGGAUUUUGACAUCACAAGAAAUAAAAGACCUCUUCAAUGGAGCCAUAUCUAACAUUACAGACACCCAACCAUCCAUUCUUCAAGGAGCCUGGGUUGGAUUAAAUGAUAAGGCAACCGAAGGAAUCAUUCARUGGUCCGAUGGAUUACCGCUGACCUACAAGCCAAAUGAAGAGCUUGGCAACUCUGAGAAGAAAGACUGUGGAUUGUUUAUUAAGAUAAAUGGAGAUGAGAGUGCCUGGAAAACCGAGAUAUGCCAAGCAAAUGCUACUUACGUUUGCAAAAAGAACCACUAGAAACGCAUUUAUGUUACCAACAUGCUAACAGAUCACUUUACUAAUAUAAGACAAAAAUCUUUACCUAUYCCUUUUAAUAUCUCAUUCUCACCAUGCUCUCAUACAUUUCUAUUAGAACGAAACAAGGUAAAAAAAAAAAAAUGGAAUUUUGCAAAAUUCUUGGUACAAUCAAAUUAAUGCAUGCUGUUUGAAAAUGAUUUUACAUUUAAACUGGACUAAAUAAUAAUAUCAUAUCACCCUUGACAACAAUGAAAUGUUUUAUCAGAAUAAUUCAAACGAUGGAAAAAAUGUAUCCUGCACUGUUUUACUCAAGAACAUUAGGUUGUAUUUCUUAAUAUUCUUAAUUAUAAUCAUUUUGCACAAUGAAAAGUUUAAUAAAG